AUGACUUCCUAUCUUAAUUUAAAUCCAAACCAAUUCAUUGAUCAGUUAAUUAGUAUACGACAGAAACAAGCACAAAUUUUGGAAGAACUGCUUCAGUUAGAAAUGCGAAUUCUUGAUAAAUUUUUACCACCUGAACUUGAUCAACAAGAAACGAUAGUUGCACUUAUUGCUUAUAUACCCUUAAAUAAUAAACGUUAUAAAAUGAUACAAGAUGCAAAACGUCAAUGGUUACAUAUUUCGUUAUCUGUAUAUGAAACUAAAUUACAAGAAUACAAUCAUCAAUUAGAAUCGAUAUUAUUAGAUAAUACAAGUCUUCAAGGUACAUCUUUAUUAAAUGAUAUUAGUCGAUAUGUAACAUAUCGAACAAAUGAAAUGAAACAAUCCUUAUCAAGCAAAAUGUCUAUUUUUCGUAAUAAAUUAAUUCAAUAUCGUAAACCAUUAUCAGUGAAGAAUAAUUUUAUUGGUGUAUCACCUGAACCAUAUCUUGAUUUAAAAUCGAAUCCAUUUAAUAAACGUGAAUGGCAAUAUCUUUCACUUGGUCCAUCAUAUAUCCGAACAAAUCAAAGUGCAAUUCGUCGUCGAAAACAACAAGAAAUUGAAAUUAAAAAUGAGCAUAAGGACAUAUUUUCCAAAGUCCAAAAUAAUCUUACAGAAUAUCAUCAUGUACCGAGAAAGCAUGUAAUUUUUGAAGAAUAUUCUGAUCAACUUCUUAAUUAUUUGAACAGUUGUUAUUUUACUCCCUUACCAUACAAAGAUCAUAUUGAAGCUCGAGAACAAUCACAAACUAUUGCAUCGAUUCGACAUAAAAUUAAACAAUUCAAACUUAUUAUUCAUGUCACAGACAAAAGUAAGAAUUUUUACAUUGGUUCAGCUAUUGAAUUCGAAAAAAAAGUUCAACAAUACUUUAUGGAUACAAAUGCUUUUAUAGAAAUAAAAGAAAAUCCAUUACCUGAAAUUUUAAACAAAGUUACGCAAUUACUGAACAAUUUUCGAUCAAAAAACUUUAUCUGGGUAUGGCAAUAUAAUGAAAUGAUACCUGAUCGAAAAACAACUGAAUUAGCUCAUUUAUAUUUCAACCCAAAAACACACAAGGAUGGAAUUCCACUUCGACCCAUUGAAAAUACAAUUCGUGCACCAACAACUAAUAUUUCCAAAUUUUUAGAUAAAAUUCUACGCCCAAUAUUCGAUGAUAAAUGUAAGAAAACAACAAUUAUUGAUGGUGCUCAGCUAAUUAGUGCUAUGAACACGUACGCAAACAAAGGUCCAAUGAAAUCAUCAACACUUUUUUGCACAUUUGAUAUUCGCAAUUUAUAUACAAUGUUACUACAAGAAGAAGCAUUAGAUAUUCUGGUUGAAUUUCUUCAUAUAUAUGGUUAUACAAAAGUGAAAGGAAUUUCACUUGAUUCAAUUCGAGAAUUGGCUUCUAUUGUAUUAAAGGAAAAUUUUUUCGUUUAUGACAAUAAAUUCUACAAACAAACUACAGGUGGUGCCAUGGGUUCAUCAUUUACUUUAACUUUAGCGAAUAUAUUUAUGUGGAAAUGGCAAAAAGAAUUAGUUCAUCAACAAAAUAUUACCAAUGAGUUCUAUGAAAGAUACAUCGAUGAUAUUUUUAUGACAUGGAAUAGAUCAGAAGAUGAAUUGAAAAUUCUAUUAAUUGAAGCAAAUCAAUGGCAUCCAAAUAUUAAAUUAGAUUAUAAAAUUAGUCAAAGUCUUCCAUUUCUUGAUGUUCUAUUAACAAAUAACAAUGGUAUUCUUUCAACAUCAGUUUACCAUAAACCAAAUGCUGAACCAUACGUCAUACCAUUUUGUUCGGAUCAUCCUCGACAUGUAUUUGUUAAUAUUAUACAAACCCUUCUUACAAGAGCAGUACGAUAUUCAUCAGCAUUUGAAAUAUUAAAUUAUGAACGACGUUCUAUCAAGUUAAUGUUAUUAUAUAAUGGUUACCCUUCGUCUUUUAUUGAUCAACAAUUUCAUAAAUUUUUCAAUGAAUUUAUUUAUGCAACAUCAAUUUUAUCAUUUAUUGAAAAUGAACAACAAUAUAUUCUCUUACGUCGCGAAAUACUCGGUCAACCAACACCAAAACAAUCACAAACAGCAUCAAGAGCAGCUACAGCCGAUGUUGAUAACGAUCAAAAUGAUGUUACUGCAGAAACUACAUCUCGAGAGUUAGUCGAAAAGAUUCAGAAAAAACCAAUUAACUAUGCUGAUCGAUUAUUCCUUCAUUAUAAACAUGAAAAACGAUUUCAACCAUUUAAAAGAAACAUCCAUCAAAUCUAUCACAACGUAUUCAAAAAUACACCAGCUAUGGACCUUAGAUUAAUUGUAGGUAAUCGUAAUCGUCGUGAUGCAAAAAGUGAACUUAUACGAAAACGACCUAAACGAUCACUACUACAAUGUAAACAAAUACAAAAUAAAUACAAGAAGAUAUUACGUAAAUAA